GAGAAGGUGUAUGGAUGUGAAGCAGCUGUUGAGGAGUGACGAGGGGGGCCGUCAGCACAUUCCUUCUUCACUGACCAGACGGGACUGAACUGGCCACCGAAGCACUGAUCCGUUGAUCAACUUGAUCCAAAAGAAACCACAAAGCAGGGGGCAUCAAAGUUUAAGAUAAUGGAGGAGCAGUCUGCCAGCGACCCAUCCGGAGCGGGUUUCGUCGCGGCUGACUAUGCUGUCUUUGCUGCCAUGUUGUCGAUUUCUAUGGGAAUAGGGCUCUUCCAGGCCCUGAAGAGGAGGACAGAGGACUCAAGUGUCAGUGAUUUCUUCACCGGGGGUCGGAGCAUGCCAGCUGUGCCUGUCGGGCUGUCGCUCUGUGCCAGUUUCAUGUCAGCAGUCCAGGUUGUGGGUGUUCCCUCUGAAGGUUUUCGCUACGGCUUUAAAUUCCUCUACAUGUGCCUUGGACAGAGCAUCAACUCCCUGCUGACAGCUUACCUGUUCCUGCCAGUUUUCUUUCGACUGGGCAUCACCAGCACCAAUCAGUAUCUGAAGAUGAGAUUUGGCAGAGAGAUGCAGCUGUUGGGCAGCGUCCAGUUUCUUCUUGCUACACUGCUAUACACUGGGAUUGUCAUCUAUGCACCCGCUCUGAUCUUAAACCAAGCCAUGGGACUCAAUAUGUGGGUGUCUCUGUUUUCCACUGGUAUCAUCUGCACUUUGUACACUACAUUGGGCGGCAUGAAGGCCGUGAUCUGGACUGACGUGUUCCAAAUCUUUGUCAUGUUGUCGGGCUUCGUGGCAGUUUUCAUCCAUGGCACAGUCCUCGUUGGUGGCCCUGCACAAGUACUGGAGAUUGCCGGCAAUGGAUCACGUAUUAAUUUUAAUGAUUUUGACGUUGACCCACGGAAGCGUUAUACCUUCUGGAGUCUCACUGUUGGCGGGUCAAUGGUUUGGUUGUCCAUGUACGGGGUGAACCAGGCACAGGUCCAGCGCUACAUCUCAUGCCGAACAGAGCGCGAGGCCCAGUGGGCGCUGUUUGUGAACCAGGUGGGUCUGUGCCUCAUUGUGAGCAGCGCUUUAACCUGCGGCAUCGUCAUGUUUGCUUACUACAACGACUGUGAUCCACUGAAGUCGGGAAAAAUUUCGGCACCUGAUCUGUAUAUGCCGUUCUUUGUGAUGGACAUAUUCCGAAAUCUCCCAGGCUUUCCAGGUCUUUUCCUUGCCUGUGCGUACAGUGGAACUCUCAGCACGGCUUCCACAAGCAUCAAUGCCAUGGCUGCAGUGACCAUGGAGGAUCUGCUGCAACCCCAUCUGCUCCACAUGACGCAGAAGAAACUCAUCCUUGUCUCCAAAGGAUUGUCAUUUCUCUACGGGGUCGGUUGCAUCACUGUAGCUGCUCUCUCCUCUUUCCUGAACUGGGGAGUUCUCCAGGGUUCCUUCACUGUCAUGGGCGUGGUCAGCGGCCCAAUACUGGGCGUAUUCAUUUUGGGAAUGUUUAUCCCAGCAACAAAUAGGCUGGGGGCAUUCUCAGGGAUAAUAGUGGGCUUCUGUGUCUCUAUGUGGCUGGCUGUGGGUUCAACGCUUUACCCACCCAGUGAGAAAACCAUGGGUGUCCUCCCCAGCUCCACAGGGAGCUGUGAGCCCACUAACAUCACCCUGAACAGCCACGUUGAUCACGACCAACCCUACAUCUCCACCCCACUUCACCCCAGUGACGACGGUAGUGGCAUCUAUAACUUCUAUUCCAUGUCUUACCUCUACUUCGGAGCCAUGGCUACCAGUUCGGUUAUACUUGUCGGACUGAUAGUGAGCUACGCAACAGGGCCAACAAAGAGGAGCCAUAUUAAAGAGGGUUUGUUGUGGUGGGACCUGAAUAAAAAGAAAGAGGAGCUCCCAUCAGAACGCAGAGCCAGUGCAAUAUCCAGGAUGUUCCCUUGCCUUCUGCACAAUGCAUGCUGGGAUGCAGUACAGACGCCUUUGAACACCAGAAGGAAUAGUCAGGUGGACAAAGUGUCUGAUAAACCACAAGUGGUGCCUUUGAUGAACCUGCACAAACCUGAAGGACUGUAAAAGAAAAAGAGCUAAUAGAUAGUUGCAAGGGUGGCCUUUACCCCAUUAGCAUUAAAAAAGGAAUCACAAUGACUUUUCCCAUCCAUAAUGUCCUCGCUGUCUAAACUCUUUAGUUUGAAUGUUUUCUGCAUUAGUAUUUUUUUGUAGUCUCAAAAUCUGGAGUAAUAUCUGUGACUUAAUAACUGUUCCAAAGGGCUGUGUAUGAGCUGUGUAGGCUGUAAUUUUAACUUUGAUGAGAGACAUUUUCAUCUCAUUCUGGUAUGUUUCAUAUAUGUAACAAUGAAAGUGUGGUUUCAUCAGAAUCAUGACAGGGAGCAAAGAGUCCUUUUAAUUAACAGCUUCUCCUUCCUCAUUCCGUUGACGUCAAAUAAAACCUGUUAUGUUAUUUCCAGUUAACUGGGUGUUGUGGGAAACAGUGUACAGCCUAAACCAAAGUAGGGUCUGUGAACGCAGUGUUAUAGUUUAAUGCAUCACCAUAAAAUGACUGCAGUCUUUCUGUACACAGGAUGCAACACAAAGUCUUUUUUCCUCCGCUUUUUUGUGUUUUGCAAUAUGUUGAAAGACAUGGCGGGCUUUUAAAUCUAAAAACUACACAAUCUUUAACUGAAAAGUGAAAGGCUGCAUCCAUUAAAAGUAGCAUAGAGUGCAUGCCUUGAGAGUAUCGAGGGGAGAUUUAUUUGGUCUGAAACAAUUACAACUCCUGCAUGUUAGAAAUACUCCCAUGGUUUGUUUCGGCAUUAACCAUUCCCAGCUACGGGUGUCUAGCAGAUACAGGCCUGUUCACCCUCUUCUCAACUUAAGAGUCUUAAAAAAAAACUAAAAAAAAAACAAUACAUUUUGUUGAAUUUGCAAUUGUUAUGACAAUAAUAAAUAAAUGAAUCC